AUGGCGACGACACAUUGGGCAACCGACGAACUACCUGCAAGCCCCAAGGCCUCACUAUUGUCGAAUCAUGGAAGCGAGCAGCCAUAUCAAUCGCGUACGGCUGGCGCAACACGAACAACCGAUACACCAAAGCUUCAGUCUGACACUACUUCGGACAGAGCAACUGCGGCAUUUGUUCGUCGCACUCUGUGUUCGCACAAUGUGCUCCUAGGAAACGGCGAGAGGGGCCGUACUACGCCGCGUCCUAUUGAAGAAGUACUACCACCACUUACCAGUUCGAACGAGGUUGAUCUCCAGCUUUACGGUAUCAUCUCGGUGAUCAUCAAAGAGUUUGUACAGACGUGGUACUCAAAGAUCACGCCCGAUCAUGUAUUUGUCAAUGAAGUGCUCCAAAUCAUCGCUCAUUGCACGAGAGGUCUCGAGCAACGCCUUCGCAAAGUGGAUCUGGAAGCGAUGCUUCUAGACGAGAUUCCCGAGUUGCUUGAAGCACACUUGAAGUCUAUACGCCUGGCGAAGCAGCAAGCGUCGUCAUCACAAUCAUUGGCCUCAAGCCCUCGUCUAAUUUACCACACUAUCCACCCGCACCCUGCGCUCAGUCCUGUUCCCACCGAUGCUGUGCCGUCGACUACUGUUGAGCAACGGGAAAACGAAUCCGCUUGGCGCCAAUUGCUCGUCCAGGGCGUCCUGGUGGUUUUGUUACCCACUGAGGAUCUAGAAAAUGGCUGUCUUCGUGCUCUAGUAGCAGAGAUAUUUGCCGAAAUGAUCCUCGGAAAUGGCAUCAGUGGCAAGGCCUGUGAGGGCUGGCUGCUAUGGGAAGGUAUCACAAGCAUAGCAAAGGUUUUACAGACCGAUGCUGCAAAAGAGGAGGUUCACCAACCAGAUGACCCGAUUUCAGGGCAAUCGAUGACCCGUUUGGAACGAUAUGGCCUUUUGUCGUCGGCACGAAACGAGGAGACCAGAUCAGCAAAUGCACUUGCACCCAAUCACAAGACCAGGUCAGUGUCUAUCUCGGGGCUUUUCUGGACCGUUAUCCAAUACAUCCUUUUGGCGUUUACAGCGCUCCGCGCGGUAGUCUCGACUUUGGCAACAUCAUCAUCUCUUCCCCCGAGGUCUAUGAUCAAGGAGGCUUCACAUGUCGAAGCAUCGGACCAAUUACAGGUCUCUUCAAAGGACACAUCGCCAUCCACGCGCCCGUUUGGAACGAAACGGCCUGUCGUAAGCAUGAAGUUGUGGAGCUGCAUGGCGCAGCUCACUCAAUUGAGUGUUCGCAUGCCUUGGCUUUCGGGCUGCAUUUCAAUGCUGCAAUGGGGACUACUGUCGGGCCCAGGCAAGGUGGGUGACACCGACUGUAUAUUGGAUAGGUGA